AGCUUGCAGGCCACUGCUGGUAUUGGUGACGACAGCUAUGAGUUGGUAACAAUGAUUCGACGUAAUUUUUCGCGUCUUUGAUGAACACCUUAGUUUUGCACGGGACUGCAGGAAGUUAGGUCCAGUAGUGCACGUGCGUCGGGUCCAGACGGGUGCGUUCAAUCGCGGAAAACCGGCGUUUGUUGUCUAGUUAUUGGCCAGGAUGUUGGUGCUACGAUACUUGGCAUCUUUCUACAACUACGUUAACUAUGAAGUUAGCGAUCCGAGGGUCAACGAUUUGCCGUUGAUGGGAACACCCUGGCCUGGAUUUGCCAUCCUUGGACUGUAUCUUUGGUUUGUGUUGGAAUGGGGACCCAAGUGGAUGGAGCAUCGGAAGCCCAUGAAGAUCGACAACAUAAUUAAGAUAUACAAUCUGGUGCAAGUGUUGUUAUGCUUAUUUCUUUUUGUGGAGGGAUUACGAUUGUGCUAUUUGCGAGACUACAGUUUUCUAUGUCAAGGGGUGGACUAUUCGACUGAAGAGGUGCCCUUAGCGAUCACCAGGCGAGCCUACAUUUACUUCAUGGUGAAAGUGUUGGAUCUAUUAGACACGGUAUUCUUUGUAUUACGGAAAAAGCAAAAUCAAGUCACUUUCUUGCACGUUUAUCACCACACCGGAAUGGUAAUGCUGAGUUGGAGUGGGGUUAAGUGGUUCCCAGGUGGCCACAGUGUGUUUAUGGGAUUCAUCAACAGUUUCGUCCACGUGGUGAUGUACUAUUACUAUUUCCUAACAUCCAUCAGUCCAAAGUACAAGGGCAACGUUUGGUGGAAGAAACACAUCACUCAACUGCAAAUAAUUCAAUUUGGAGCAAUAUUCCUCCAGUGGUUCGUGCUGGCGUUUCAACCGAAUUGCGACUUCCCCAAGUGGCCUCUGUUUGUCAUUCUUCCGCAGAACCUCUUCAUGUUUGUGUUGUUCCUCGAUUUCUACUACAAAGCGUACAUCAAGAAGAAGUCACCCAGCAAAGUCGAACCGACCGUAGAAGCGCAGAAGGUGAGAAGCGGCGACGAUGGCAAUGAGUUCAACGGUCGACACCCGGUCCUAACGAAAAAAACGAUGGUUGAUAGUCACGCCGAUUAGCACAAAAGCACAAAACAGAGCAAAAAUGCUGCUUGGGACAAAACGAAAUUGUCGUGCCGGCGUGCUUUGUGUCAGGAGGUAGCUGCUCAGUCUGAUUAGUAUGUAUAGAUGUAUAAUGUAUGUAGGAAUAUCGUUGAUUUGCUGUAGCCUAUAGGGCCGUUUGAAAAUCGACCCGGAACACACGCCAACUAAGCAGAAGUCGAAUGGAGCAAAGACGAUGAUAGUGCGUGUUAAUUCCUAUUAUUUAAUUAGAGCAAAUAAAUGCGAAUGUACUCGUUUGUGACCUAAUAUAUAAGAAACAACA